GUUACGUAGAUCGACGAGGCUCAGCAAUAGUUAAUUCUGUAGUUACUUACUUAGUUUUAUAAGGAAUUUUCCAGCAGUCACCCAUUGUGCUUAUUUUGUAUAUGAGCGACACUGUAUUACGAAUAUUCAAUUUGUCCCACGUAAUUAGCUUUUGAAAUGUCUCCAAGUUUCAAAAUGGCGUCACUCGCUAUGCUCGCGUGUUUUUUGUUAGCGAUGGCAACCGCAGAGGACCUGCAAGUCGGUACCAGCCUGAACGGCCAAUUGGCUUAUUCGGAGGACGUCGAGCUGUCAUCUUGGCCGCUGAAGACAAGGACUAAGAACGUGUUCUAUACCGACGGAAACAAUAGGACUCUCAAGGGCAUCUCAGCUAUAGAUAAGGAUAAGAGCGGUGCGCAGGCGACGGUGACUUCGGGCGGUGUCGGCUUCACGUUCGCUAAUGUUCGGCUCAAGAGCCAGAAGGGGGAUGGACUCAAUUACCAAGUGCAAUUCUUUGUUUGAUGGAAUAUUUAUUUUAUUACAUUAAUAAAUUACAUACACAUUUUAAAA